UCACGUGGUGCGCGUGUCGAAGGUCACAGCGCGCUCACAAUGGAGCUCUCGGAGUAUGUGCAGAAAGGCUUCCAGAUGCUGGCUGAUCCCGGCUCUUUUGACUCCAACGCCUUCACGCUUCUCCUCCGGGCGGCUUUCCAGAGCCUACUGGACGCCCAGGCGGACGAGGCCGUGUUAGAUCACCCAGACUUGAAACAUAUUGACCCACUGGUUUUAAAACACUGCCAUGCAGCAGUUGCAACUUACAUACUGGAAGCAGCAAAGCAAAGAGCUGACAAAUCAACUCUAAGCACUUAUCUAGAAGACAGUAAAUUUGAUAGAGAGCGAACAGAACUGUUUUGCACGGAAUAUCAGAAUAAUAAAGAUUCCCUAGAAAUCCUACUGGGAAGUAUUGGCAGAUCUCUCCCUCAUAUAACUGAUGUUUCUUGGCGUUUGGAGUAUCAGAUAAAGACCAGUCAACUUCAUAAGAUACACAGACCUGCAUAUUUGGUGACCUUAAAUGUAGAGAACACUGAUCCCCGAUCCCACCCAGAAAUUAGUUUUAGUUGCAACAUGGAACAAUUACAGGACUUAGUGGGGAAACUGAAAGAUGCUUCGAAAAGCCUGGAAAGAGCAACUCAAUUGUAACCUGGGGAACUUAGCGAUCCGCCCGGGUCUAGAAGACCAGGAGCUCCUUGCCGUCGGCAGAACCUCAGAACCAUCGUUUGUGCGAACUGGAUAUACUCCUUUUUAAAAGAAAGUUCUUUUUGGAUUUAUGCCGUUCAUGAACUUUGACGCAUUUUUUACACUUGUUUAAGAGUUAAGGAAAUUCUGCCUAUUUGAAUCUUUAUUAAUUGUACAUUGAUAAAUUUUGAUCAUUUUUUCAAGUCUUACAAAAGGCAGUAUUUACAUUCUGAAUAAAUAAGUUCCCACCAAA